GCGGGGCUUACGGACACUUGGCCGCCAAAUGCAGACGGCGCGGACGGCGACAUCUUUACGCCAAGCGCAACAGUUUACAAGAGUGAUUCUCCCCCCCCCUCCCCCUUUAAGCAAACAAGACAACUUUGGCCGGCGACUCCCUUCAAGAUCCGCCGGCUCCUGAAGCGAAGGAAAGGCGGAGCCGACCAGGCAGGGAGAGAUGCCGAAGGCGGGGCUGCCAAGGGCGGGGUAGGCGGCUGCAUGUCGAGCGGGCUCCGGAGAGGAGCCGCUAGUCUAGGUAACUCCGCGUGCCGGUUCGGGAUCGCGUCGCCCCGGGCCCAGAGACGGAGAAAAGUUGUUAGAUCCUCUUGCCUUAGAGCACAGGACAGUCAUUGGUCAAGAACAUGGAUCAGAAUGAAGAUCAGAAAAUGAAUCCCGAAAGAACUUGGGAGAAUUUCAACAAUUUGAUGAUGGAUUUACAAGUAGUUGGCACACCAGAUGCUCUCCCCCACGUUCAUAAAAGAAUCUAUAUUGAUGAGUUUGACUGUCCUCCCAGUAAGCACUGCGAGCACGACCUUUUCCCUAAAUGGCAUUUGCCGGUGAAGACCGCAUUGGUACUGUCCUUGUUAACCUUUAUCUACACUUUCCUAAGGGACGUCAUCCAUCCCUUUGUAACUAAUCAAGGAAAUGCAUUUUAUAAAAUCCCAAUCCUGGUCAUAAACAAAGUCUUACCAGUGGUUUCGAUUACCCUGCUGGCUCUGGUUUAUUUACCAGGAGUACUGGCUGCAGGUUUUCAGUUCCACUAUGGAACCAAGUAUAGACGUUUUCCACAAUGGUUGGACAGAUGGAUGUUAUCGAGGAAACAGUUUGGACUUCUUAGCUUCUUCUUUGCCUCGUUACAUGCCUGCUAUAGCUUGUGCUAUCCAAUGAGGAGAUCCUACAGAUACAAACUCUUGAACUGGGCAUAUCAACAGGUGAAGCAGAAAAAGGAAGAUGCCUGGAUUGAACACGAUGUCUGGAGAAUGGAGAUUUAUGUGUCUCUAGGAAUUUUGGGGCUUGCUCUACUGGCUGUAUUGGCAGUAACAUCAAUUCCAUCUGUCAGCCACUCGCUGACCUGGAGAGAGUUUCAUUAUAUCCAGAGCAAGAUGGGACAUUUAGCUUUGCUGCUGUGCACCAUUCAUGCAUUAGUGUUUGCAUGGAAUAAGUGGAUUGACAUAGGCCAGUUUAUAUGGUAUACUCCCCCUACUUUUAUGAUGGCAGUCAUUCUUCCAAUUGUGGUUCUGACUUGUAAAGCUAUCCUGCUUUUGCCAUGCCUUAGGAAGAGACUAGAGAAGAUCAGAUCUGGUUAUGAUGCUAAUGCUCAGGCAAGUAGGACACAGAUAACUUCCAGACUGUAGAUUUUAAAUGUGCAUGUACUUUGCUGUCCAUAUUCAGCUUUGUUUUUUUAAAAAAAAAAAUACCAUAAGGAAACGGUCAUCUUUAUUUUUACAUAGAGUAAUCUGCACUGAGUUCAGUAGGACUUCUGGGUGUGUUUUUUUCUACUGAUGGAUUUUAAAAUAUCUUACUUCACUAUAGGUAGUUUUCUGAAAAUUUACUUAACAUUACAAGUUUACAUGAGCUUAGGGUAAAGUAUGCAUGUGGAAAUUAAAAUCUCAGGUGAACUUCACUUUAAAAAUACCAAAUAUUUUUCAAUACAAUUACAGCAAUGACAACCUUCUCUUCAGGGAAACUGGAAUAAUAACACGACUGUUCACAUCAGAUCUAAAAUAAAACAUGCAAUACAAUAAAUAAUGCAUAACACUUUAAAAUGCAAACACAGAGCUGCCUUGCCGGAAACAGCUUCUCAGUUGAUUUCAGUGGCUGGAGUAGAUCAGUAUGCACAUGCUUUUGUGCUUAAUGAGAUCCAAGUGCAUAUCUAGAUCAUGGGAUGCACCCAGAUUACUUAAUAAGUUAAACACCACAGAACCUUUGUAGCAAACCAAGGUCAGCCUUAAGAACAUAAGAAGGCCUUGCUGGGUUUAGACCAGGAUCCACGCAGUCUUGCAUACUGCUCUUAGAAUCCUUUUUAAAUUCACCUGAGCUACUUGCAAUCACCACAUUUUUGCGCCAGUAAAUUCCAUAAGUUAAAUACUAGGGGCUGGAUCCUGGGCUUCUUCCAUUCACAGGAGGGAUUCCUAUGCAGUGGAAAUCCCUGCUGUUUUUCUGCUGCAGUCUCCUGCAUCACUUCCCUUGCUGUUUCAGGAGGUUCCUAACCCUCUGGAUCAGCUUUUUUUCAGGCUGAUGGUGAAUGAGGAUUUGGCAGAAAAUUGAAAUUCCUAUUCCACUGGCAAGAUAAUUCCUUGAAUUGGACCCCACUCAUGGGAAGGCUGAUUCCCACCCAUGCCCUUUUUUUUGGUCCUGGACUUCUGUGACUCAGCUUUCUUGGGUGAAUGCAGAUUACAGUGUUAAGAGAGAGCUGAUUAACCACAUAAAUUGUUUUAUUUUACUUCUAUAAAAACUAAUAUGUGUAUUAAAGAGUAUUUGAUAUGGAUUGGUCUGGAAUAUAUUUUGCAAUUUGAUUUUUUUAGAAGACAUUUUUCCAUAGUGAGGUGGGAAUUGAGCCCUUCACCAACAGUAAUUUGGAUCCCAAAGAAUUGUUUCACUUUGAAACUCUUGCCUCUAUUCUGCGUUUCUUAAAAUUAUGUUGUAAAUUGAGUACUGUAAAUAAGAAUUCAGCUAUACUUGUAGAAAAUGUGUCUUUUCACAUUUAAAACAAUAAAACUUCUAUACUCCAGCAGUUUUAUAUAUAAAAAAAGAUUUGUCUGUCUUUUUAGAUGGUUUGUUUUUUGAAAAUUGGCAGAGGCCAAUAAAUAGUUGGUUGAAGACAGUGAGUCAGUAACUGUUAAACAAGAUAAAUUUAGCAAAGUAGACUUUCAUAUGUGGAAGUAAUGAGAAGUGCCGCACACUUUCAUGAAAGUUACACAAUUCACCCAAUGCUAUGGAAUUAACCCUGAGAUGAGUUCUCUCAUCCAUAGUCAGAUCAAACAAAGGAGAAACAACCUUCGACACAUUAUGGGUUGUGUCCAAUAGGCUUCACCCACCAAUGCAAGUCCGUUUGAUCCAGUGAAGGCUUCCAUUAGCAGACUGGGGAGGGAGACUAUUUUUAAUUAUUUCCCUCUGCAGUCCUCCAAACAGUCUCUGGAAUGUUGAGCAACCCAUUGACACAGCAAGAAAGGUGCCAUGAGCGAGUCCUCUCCAUUCUCCUGAUGAAAGGUCCUCUGACCCAACAGAGACUUCCAUCAGAAUAACACCACCAUUGGAUACAAUCCAAUUCCCUUACUGGAUUGGGAACCUGUUGUGCAGAAAAGAUUUGCAUCCAGAUAGAUGAGCAGUGCAAGUUCAUCUAACGUGGUGCAGCCCAUUCAUUUGCAAACUGUGAGUGGAGAUGUGCAUCAUUGUUAACAAUUAUACCAUCCCAGCUGCAUGUGCCUUGAUCAUGGUUAAACUGGGCUUUGAAAUUACAACACAGGAAUUAUUUAUUAGUAAAGUGCUUAACCAUUAACCUAGUAAGACACAAAACAGAUGUGGGGGAGAGAAGGAACAGGAAACAUGCUGGUGCUAGUCCUUUGUAAAGCUAUAUACCGUAUAUUUGUAGUGAUCUGCUGGAGUCGCUAAUGUGGGAGACAGGUCAGUCUCGCUUUUCCAUCUGCUGCACCCAGGUAGAUCAGCUGUUUAUAGUAGAAGGCAUAUCUGGGAUAGGAGGAGCCACUAAGACCUAUAAUAAAAAGACUGCUGAUUCAUGGUCACACGACUCCAACAAGCUAGAUGGUGAUCACGGUUAUAAAACAAUUCCAUUUCCUGCAAACAGUCUCUGGGCACUUAAUACUGUAGCACAGCUGAAGGUAAGCAAGUAAGGAUCUGGUCAAGAUUGCCAAGAGCAGGACACAAGUAUGUUGAGUUGUACAUGGUUUGGGGGUGCUGGAUCCAUUGCCGUCACUUUAGGCUCAGGUGUUUUUGGUAGCGUGGAGUGCCUUUUAUCAGCUUCAGUGGGUGGUACCUUCAUCUGGGCAGGGGUAACCGAACUUCUGCCAUCUGCUCUGGUAACCUCUAAGUUAGAUUAUUGCAACGUGUUCUAUGUAAGGCUGCCUCUGAGGGUGGUUUGUCAACUUCAGCGGCCAUGUUGCUCACUGGAGAAAGAUGAUUUGAGCAUAUUACACCAAUCCUGGCCCAACUUAACUGGCUGCCAGUUAGUUUCCAGGCCCAAUUCAAAGUGCUGCGAUCAUCAUCUGAGGUCCUUUGUGUGUCUCCUCCGUGAGAGAUCCAGACAGUUGGCAACACGAGAACACGCAUUUUCUGCGGUGGCUCGCCAUUUGUGAAAUGUUCUCCCCAUGAAGGCUCGCCUUGCACCUUCAUUAUACAUCUUUAGUUGCCAGGCAAAAACAUUUUACCUCUUCCAAACCUUCGGAUAAUUAAACAACCUAUGGCCUUUAAAACUCUGGAGUAUGUUAUUUUUGUUAUUAUGUUAUGUAUUUCUGUGUUUUUAUAAAUAAAUAGACAUUAAAUUAAGAAGAAGCAAAAAAAUAUAUCAAAACAUCUUAUUUUUUUAUAAAUAAGCCAAGUCUGUGCAGUCCUUAAUAUAGGAGGACUUGUUUUUUGUUUAGAUUUUGUGUUUGCAAAAGUCCAAGUCCUUCCCCUGGGCAAACUACUUGAUUUUUUUUUUCAUAGCAAGCAUUGCAAUCAAAACCUGUUUUAGCUUCCUGUCAGAUAAGUUUGUGACUCAACCAAGCACUGUGACACAGAAAACUGAAGAGUCUGACCUUUUAUUGUUGAAAAGUGAUGAAGGUUUCAGUACACUACAAUUCUCUAUGUCAGUAAAAGAACAAAAAAGAAACUCAAAAGUGUGCAGGAUGCAAUUGUUUAGGAAAACAUUAGAGAACUAUGGCUGUAACCAGGCCCAUGGGGGGGGGGGCAGCUGGGUCCUCUUGCCCCAGGCAUUGGAGGGCUAUGGUAGGGUUGCCAUACAGCUUUGGCCACCCCCACUCCCCAACUAUAAAGCUUUUCUGUCCGGAUUUUCACCGCUUGAAAUAUGGCAACCCUAGCAGCAGGGACCGGCUGCUUUUUUGUUUGAGUUUAUAACCUUAUUCUAAGAAGACUCCCGCCCUGGGCCUCAGACAAGCUCUGCACAGGCCAAACAACAAUAUUUAAUACUGGUUAGAUUAAUCCGUGGGUGAGGAACCUUAGGCCUGAGGGCCAAACAAACUUCACCAUCUGCCUGUUGGGACUCUCCUCAACCACAACCUUCACUAUUAUGGCUUACCACCCUUCCUCAGGUGUUACUUGUCUGGCUAAAAUAUGUCCUUGACCUCUGGUAAUGUUGCUUGACUGAGUAGAGGAUAGAGGGGAGUUUCUGUAGAAACUAGCUUGCUGUAUAAAGGUAAAGUUUACAUUUCCUGUUCUAUCCACUUUUGCCUCUGCACCUGCCCACCCCUUGAAAGGUUGUCCAGGAGAGAAUGUGGCCCUCAGACCACAAAAAGGGUUCUGCACCCAUAAAUUAAUCAAUUUAAAAUGUUAAAAUGGCAUCCCGCUAAUUGAGUAGCACAUUUUGCAAAAAUGAUGUCAAUGUUCCUUCUAUAGUAAACUUUUUCAUACUGUGUUUUAUGUUGUGUGAGCCACCUGGAGAGGGCUACGCCUUAAAAGGCAGCCUAUAAAUUAUGUUUAUGAAUAAAGAAAAUAAAGGUUGUGAAUGUGCCACAGA